AUGACUGACAGGAUAAAGCGAGCAUGGCAUCCCCAGGUUGGAGAGCUUCACGUGACCUAUCACCGAACUCCGAGAGUGGGGCCCCGAGCCGCACCCGCCAAGCAGCUGUCCCAUCCAAGAAACACCACGACAGGCAGUCGUCAUCUAGCCACCUCCAACAAAGCCAUCACCGAGCCACCUCACAGCAUCGCUGCUGACUUCCGAAAUCACGCAUACCCGGCGUCCUUGAGAGCAGAGCGCUGCCUUAUAUCCGCCACCUACCGAGCGAACCGACCGUCCGUCGCCCACCAACCCAAAAUGGAGGAAGAGCGUCUCUGGAAGUUCCGCAAGCCUGAGUGGCUCAACAGCGCCUGGUCGCGCAACGCGGGCGUCUACGCCGCGGGCGGUCUCGUACGUUUUGCUCCGAACCCUCCCCCCCCCCUAUCCGUCUCCCUCCUGGAAUCGCCGAGCUCACACGUUGCCCCCCCGUUCUGCCAGUUCUCCCUCGCCUUCUACGUCAUGCUCGACAGCGCCGUGUGGUCCAAGACGAUCAACGGCUCGGACACGCACGUCACCUUUGUCGACUGGCUGCCGCUCCUCUUCAGCAGCCUGGGCAUGCUCAUCAUCAACAGCGUCGAGAAGACGCGGCUGUCGGCCGACAGUUUCAGCUACUCGGGCAACGGCGUCGCGUGGAAGGCGCGCGUCGUGCUCUUCCUCGGCUUCGCGGCCCUCGCCGGCGGCAUGGCCGGCGGCGUCACCGUCUUUGUGCUCAAGUUUGUCGUCCGCGGCGUGGCCAUGCCGGCGCUGAGCAUGGGCGUCGAGAACGUUGUUGCCAAUGCGCUCGUCAUGCUGAGCAGCAUCGUGCUCUGGGUGAGCCAGAACAUGGAGGAUGAAUACAGCUACAACCUGUCGCUGUAG